UGCUGUGUACACACACACACGCAGAGGGCUGAAGUACAUCUGUUCCGGGCCCCAGAGGAAGAGGGAAGCAUUGAGCAACUCUGGAGGUUUCCGUACGGCUCCUUCAUGGCUCAAUCAGCGAGCAGCAUGGACUCUGAUCUGGCCAGCAAACGGCUCCACUCGAGAAUGGAGGCGUCAUGUUUGGAGUUGGCUUUGGAGGGGGAGCGUCUGUGUAAAGCGGGAGAUUUUAAAGGCGGUACAGCGUUCUUUGAAGCUGCAGUUCAGGUGGGAACAGAAGAUCUGAAGACCCUCAGUGCCAUUUACAGUCAGCUGGGAAAUGCUUACUUCUACCUGAAGGAGUAUGGGAAAGCCCUGGAGUACCACCGCCAUGAUCUUACACUCGCACGGACAAUAGGCGACCGGAUUGGUGAAGGGAAGGCCAGCGGGAAUCUUGGAAAUACUCUGAAGGUUUUGGGUCGUUAUGAUGAAGCAGCUGUGUGCUGUCAGAGACAUCUGGACAUUUCACAAGAACAAGGAGACAAGGUCGGGGAGGCCAGAGCUCUGUAUAACAUUGGGAAUGUGUUUCAUGCGAAGGGCAAACAGCAGAUUUGGGGAUGUUCUCAAGAUCCUGGAGAUCUUCAUCCCGAUGUGAGAGACACACUGCAGAGAGCCACAGCCUUCUACGAAAUGAACCUGUCUCUGGUGAAAGAGUUGGGUGACAGAGCUGCCCAGGGACGAGCCUUUGGUAACCUUGGCAACACUCAUUACCUGCUGGGUAAUUUUGUUGAGGCCAUCAAGUUCCACAGAGAGCGUCUGUCCAUUGCCAAGGAAUUUGGUGACAAAGCAGCUGAGCGGAGAGCGUACAGUAACCUAGGCAACGCUCUCAUUUUUCUGGGCCAGUUCAGUACAGCCACAGAGUAUUACAGGAAAACUCUGCAGCUGUCUCGGCAGCUGAAGGAUCAGGUGAUGGAAGCUCAAGCAUGUUACAGUCUGGGAAACACACACACGCUGCUGCAGGAGUACGAACGUGCCAUAGACUAUCACCUCAAACACAUGCUCAUCGCACAAGAACUCAGCGACAGGUCUGAAAUCACCAGGGUUGGAGAGGGCCGGGCGUGUUGGAGUCUGGGUAAUGCUUACGUGUUGUUAGGAAACCACCGUCAGGCUUUACACUACACCCGAAAACACUUGGAUAUCUCCAGAGAGAUCGGGGACAGGAAUGGAGAGCUGACAGCUAGGAUGAAUGUCAAGGAGCUGAUGGAAGCUCUUGGGGUGAAGGAGGCCGAUCUCUCUCCAUCUGACUCUGAGUUUACAGUGCAGGGUGCCAGACCAAAGUUCGCCAAGACGAGCAGUACGGACAGUGUUGACCUCUGGAAAUACAAUGCUGAAAAGAAUGGUGAUGGUCCUGAUGUUGAUGGUGUAUCGAGGAGGUCGAGGAACAGCAGAAGGAAUGCAGACAGUCAUUCGUCUGAUGAGAGACAGUGGAUGGACUCGCCUGUAGACACGGAUGACAUCACUGUUCAAGUCACACCUCCAAAGCUGGGUUGUGACCCAUCAGAUGAGGACUGCUUUUUUGACCUGUUGAGUAAGUUUCAGAGCAGUCGUAUGGAUGACCAGCGCUGCCAACUGGACGAGAUGCCCGAUGGAGAGGACGCAGGAGGAGCGGACGAAUCUGCCCUUAAUGACAUGAUCGGCACCAGUCUCCUAUCAUCUCCUCAAACCGAAGAGCUGUUUGACUUGAUUGCCAGUUCUCAGAGCCGUCGUCUAGACGAUCAGAGGGUGAGCGUCAGCAACCUGCCCGGACUCAGAAUCACCCACAAUAAUCUGGGUCACCUGUGCGGAGAGGGCGAUCCUCAGGAGCCCAGCGACGACUUCUUCAACAUGCUCAUCAAGUGCCAGUCGUCCAGGAUAGAUGACCAGCGUUGCUCUCCUCCUGAGGGUGGUCCGCGGGCCCCUACGGUGCCUGACGAGGAUUUCUUCAGUCUCAUACAGAGAGUUCAGGCCAAACGGAUGGACGAACAGCGUGUGCAUCUCCCAUCAGAUGAUCAAGAUGAACAAGAGCCGCCUGAGGCUGAGAGAGAGCCAGGGGCCGCAGACUCUGGGUAAAUCCACUGGGGCCCACAGGAGACCGGGCCCAAAUAUGGACAACAAGAACCAGAAGGGGAAGGAUGUUUUUUUGUGAGAAAACAGACUCUUUAAUGAGAUGAAAAGAAAUGUGCACUUCAGAGUCUGUGACGUGUGCUGGUAUUUUGCGAACGCAUGUGAGAUAAAAGUUCACCAAAUUGCAACGCAAUUGCCAACUCAGUAUACUGUGUAGUGUUACACCUCAUGUGCUUUAUAGCCAAUUAUCCAUAAAGUUUGAGUUUAUAUUGACUAGAUUAAUGGACAUGCCUGCAUUUCCAUUUGGAUAGAACUUUCUGGGGGGAUUUCACAAUGAAUUAAUUGCGUCCACUGAUAGUGUUGUUUAUUUGCACAUGCUGUCUGCGCUGUUUUUGCACCCUAUUCGUUAAAUAUAAUGCAAAACAGGUAACAGACACCUGUUUAAAAAAAAUAAAAUGCUGAACGCAGCUUACACAACAUAAUAUCCCAUCUUACCAGUUGGUUAUGAGUGCUAGGUUGUAAAUGAUUCCAUGAUAUACCACUGUGAUCCAGCACCUGAACUGACUCGAUAAAAUGCUGAAAACUAUGCUGCACAUCUGGAUAUGACCAGAUAUAAUGCUCUUCUCCAUCAUUUGAUCAUUAUUUGAUGAAUUGUUGCUGCCAUGAUCAAUGCAAAAUAUACACAAACAUCUUUUAUUAAUAAAAAUCUAUUUACCACUUGCUUUUUUGGGGCGGUAACAGUGCAGCAUUGACAAAUAGCAUCAGACAAAUAGCGCUUAUGUUUGUGAAUCUGGCACAUUCUAUAAUAAUGUUUAUUUGCGUAGAAAGGAGCCAUGUGAAAAGAAUGAAAAGAACGACAAUUAAUUAAUUUGAAUGUGCAUGGUGCAGCAGUUGUUCAGCGCAUUUAACACGUCGGACACAUUUAAGUUGGACUGCGGGAGGUUUGUAAAUGAGACGCAGGUUUACCAUGUGCUAAAGUGGCGCAACUGUUUAGUGAAUUCACACCUUCUCAUUUGUCAUCAUUUCUUGCAUACUGCCUUAAUUGGAUUCUGACGGAGCCCCUUAGAGGACAAGGACAGUAUUGUAACUUUAGUAACUAUGGCUACAGUAGUAAAACCAUGAUUAAUUUUCGUAAGGGGUAGAUAAAGCUAUUUCAGAAAAUAAACUGCCCAAACUGUCUUCUAAGGGGCUCCGUUAAUUCGCAGACUCUGAUUGUAUUCCUUGAUAUUCUGUAAUUUAUGAGCACUUCAAGGAGUAAUGUUCUGGUUUAGUGUGUGUGUUUAAUGACAGUAUUAGUGUUGCAUCACUGCCAGUGUUAAAGAGCUGCUAACUUAGACCUUCCUAAUCGCAAGUGCAUUUGGGUUCUGCUUUUAUAUCAUGUUUUCAUUUACCUCCAAAAUUAAGACAUUAGAGCUGGUUGUCCUCUUUUCAUUAUACUCUGUUUCAGUCGCAUUUGAAGAUAUAAUUGUUGUUAACUCCACAUAUGUAUUUAUUAAAAGUGUUGAUAAAAAUUGUUAUCUUUAAAAAAGACUGUGAAAAUAAUUUUAAGUAUUGAUAAUUGUGGGAACAUAAAAGUAUGUGAAUGUUCAUGGUACAAAACUCAUUUACUUCAUGUAUGUUUGACCCACAGCGGUUUGACUGAUCUGUGUGGGACAAAGAAAAAUUGAAAGUGAUUUGCCCCGCAGUGGGGGUUUUGGCUGCUUCAGUUUUCCAUCAUUAGGUCUGAGUCAGUUGAUUGAGUUUUCAGAUUUUUGCAUGAUGCUAUGGUGUUUUAGUAAUUUGUGGCCGAGCUGAUCUUCAGUCAGAAUAAUGGCUUUCUCGUGUUUUUUUUUUUUUUUUUUUUUUUAAUUAUUAUCUAUUUUGUUAAGAGGUAAAAAAUUUAUGAUUUAUCAAUCAAUGUGUGACUUUGUUAUGGGUUAGGCCGAUGUAUGAUCCUUAGACAUUAAUUAAAUAACUUUAUUCACUAUUUAAGCAACAGAUUCACAAUAGUGAUAAUAUGAAAUAAUUUCGGGCAUUUCAAAAUAGUGAAUCAUUUUGUGAAGCAAUUAAUUCAUUUGAUUCAAAUUCUCAUAAAACUUUGUUUCUCCCAAAACUACCACCCAAACUUUGACCCCUUGGUCCUAUUUAUGUGCUCAUUUUGCAAAGGUGCCUGGAAUUGUACCUGGAAGGCCCGCCCCCAUUCCUAAUCCUAACCAUAUGGAGCCUCUAAGGCUGAGUAGCCUGCCAGGAACAUCUCUAGGCACCUUAAAAAUAUGAAGUAGGCCAGCAUGAAACCAUAGAGCAUUGUGCUUGUAACCAAUCCUCAUUUCUAUUAAUCAGCUUACUUUAUUUUACUGCAGUGACCAAAUGUAGAGUUCACUGACUCCAAUUUAACAGAUGGUUUUAUAAUAUGGAAACAUCUGAAUUUAGGAAGUAUGUAAUUCAUUCAUGAUGACAUGAAGUAAAAUAUAGAAAUAAACAGAUUGAAUCUGUCACAUGUAUUUAACUAAAAUUUAAAUGCAAUUAAAAUACAAAUCAUUAGUUCAUCUGAAUUAUUUUGCUUAACCAGAUUAUGUUUGAUUUCUGCCUUACAAUUGCCAAAAUAUGGUGUGAGAAAUAAUCUGAUAACCUUUGAAAUUUCACUGCCCAAAUGUACAAAAUUGUUUUAUAUUUAUUUUCUGUUCAUGAACAUGGGAAUAAAUCCCUUUGCUUUUAAUAAAAUGUCAAUAAAAUGCUGUUAGAUGCUUGUCUUAUUCAA